CACACGAGCCGAGAGACGGGAUUGAAACGCACAAGGGUUUUUAGGGGAAAGCAGCUAGAAGAUAAAAGAAAAAGACGCUUGGAACAUGAAUAAGAAACAGUUUGUGAUGAUUCUGGGGUUAGUGCUGGUUUUUGAAGGCGCUCGCUGUCAGGAACAUGAGGUGUUUGUAGCUUAUGGUUCUGUAGCAGUGCUGCCAUGCAUAGAUGAGACUUCUGAGCUCUCACAUCCUUCUUCUGUCUACUGGAGCAGGCUAGUUGAAAAUGCGCUGAAGACAGUUUGGCGGCGAGAGAAGAGCGGGUUGGAGUUUCGUCCGGUUAGAGAUCAACCGCGCGCUAACUGCCCCGUCCCGAAUUUCGGAAAGUCUGAUUACAGCCUUCACAUCACUGAAACCGCAUUGGAAGACGGAGGGAAGUACAUCUGUGAAGUUGAGGGAAGGAUUCGGAUGGUGAAGCUCAUCAAUCUCAGAGUUGUACGAGCGUCAUUUUCUCCCGCUGUAGUGGUCGAGGGCUUACGAACGGAGGCAGUGUGCCAUGUCAGUCCCGGGACAAAGUCUGUCAAAAUUAACUGGAAACAAAACGGCGCGAAAAUAAGUAGAUUCAGCCUCUCUAAAGUGUCUCAGAAAGAUGAAGGAGACUGGACCUGUCAGGUUUCGUACACAGGUGGAGCGGUGGAGUCAACCACAUCCCUACAGGUCAAAGGAAUCUCCACCCCUCCAAGCGACUCUUCGGUGGUGUACGCUGCUGUCGGUUCCUCCGUCUCCUUGCCCUGCAUCUUUACUGAUGGCUUGGUCCCACACACCGUGAGUUGGAGCAGACCCUCCACAACGUCCUACUCUCCUCUUCCUCUCCCUGCAUCUCUCAACGCGUCCGCUGGGCCCUCAGCAUCAGCUGCUAUACAGAGAGUGGAGGAGGGAGAUGAAGGGAUGUAUACAUGUUCAGGAACAGUGAAGGGAUUGAAUGGAGAGAGCAACAAAGUGCAAAGAAGGAUGGAGCUAGUUGUAGCUCGAGUUUCGAGAUCCAGUGGUAGCGGACCCGUGACCCUGACCUGCCACCUCAGCAAUUCCGACCAGGUCACUUCCUAUGAGUGGCUACGUGUGAAUUACGGACCAAACGACACUCAAACAUUGACCUCUGUUCAAAAGACUGUUCAAAAGACCCUCAGGAUUCAGAAAGUGGAUGAGGAAGGUGCCGGUGAAUGGGUUUGUCGCUAUUAUGGGAAGCAAGGAGUUCUGGGGAACGUGACUUAUGAGCUGCAUUUGAUGGGUGCUCUAAAGAGCGGAAAUUUAAGUUCGGGCAACAAAACUGCUAUGGUGAUGGGAUUAGGUUUUUUGUUCUUGGUAAUAUUCCUGGUUUUGUUCCAGAUGUACAGAAACUAUCGCCGGAAGAAGAUGAUCCAUCUUUACCCUGCGAUGGAAACCAUCGUCCAUCAGGCCGCCACUGAACGAGAGCAGAGAGAGAGGAGCAGGCCAAAAAUGGCCGAAGCGUGUGUCGGAGACCCUAAACCAGUGUCUGUGUAAAUGUGUGUGUUAUGACAAAUGUGUGUGUGUGUGUGUGUGUGUUUUCAAUGCAGACAAUUGUAGCAGUCCAUUUAAACUGUAAAUAUAGUACUGACAUAAAUGUAUACAUUUUGUAAAAAAACAAAUUUUGGUACAAAUAUAUUUUUAAAUAUGAAUGCAAAAUCUGUGUAAAUAAACCAAUAAAG